AUGUUGAGAUCAGCUUCCCGCUCUAUCCUGAGCAGGCCCUCGCUCAGACAAUCCCUCAGAUCCUCUCUCGGUGCUUUUGUCCCAAGAAAGGCCUUUGCUACUGGCAGUGAUGACGUCUUUCUCUCCACUGUCAAUGCUUCCUACAUUGAUGAAAUGUACGAUGCCUGGAAACAGGACCCUUCCAGUGUUCACAUUUCAUGGCAAUCUUACUUUAAGAACAUCGAAAGCGGCACUCCUAGCUCCCAGGCUUUUGUCGCCCCUCCUACCAUCGUCCCAGGUAGUGUCACUCCUGGUGCUUCCCUCGGUUCUUCCGCUGGCAACAACUCACUUGCUGACCACAUGAAGGUCCAGCUCCUCGUCCGUGCCUACCAGGUCCGUGGCCAUGCUCGUGCUAAGACUGAUCCCCUUAAGAUUUCUUUUGGCUAUGACAACAAGCCUCCUGCCAAGGAACUUACUCCCGAAUACUACGGUUUCACCGAGGCUGACCUCGACAAGAACAUCACUCUUGGUCCCGGUAUCCUCCCUAGAUUUGCCACUGAGGGCAAGUCAUCCCUCACUCUCCGCGAAAUCAUUGCCGCUCUCGAAAAGACAUACUGCGGCUCUUACGGCGUUGAGUAUAUGCACAUUCCUUCCAGAGAGCAGUGCGACUGGAUUCGCGAGAGAAUUGAGAUUCCUCAGCCCUACAAGUUCCCCACUGACGAAAAGAGACGUAUUCUCGACCGUUUGAUUUGGGCCGUUUCUUUCGAGGCUUUCCUCGCUACAAAGUUCCCCAAUGACAAGCGUUUCGGUCUCGAGGGUGGUGAGUCCACUAUUCCUGCUAUGAAGAUUCUCAUUGAUGAAUCUGUCGAGUAUGGUGUUGAGGAUAUCGUCAUUGGUAUGCCCCAUCGUGGUCGUCUCAAUAUGCUUUCCAACGUUGUUCGCAAGCCCAAUGAGUCUAUCUUUUCCGAGUUUUCCGGCUCUGCUGGUUUUGACACUGGUUCCGGUGAUGUCAAGUACCACUUGGGUGCCAACUACCAGCGCCCCACCCCUAGCGGCAAGAAGGUCAACCUUUCUCUUGUUGCCAAUCCCUCCCACUUGGAGGCCGAAGACCCUGUGGUUCUCGGUAAGGCCCGUGCCAUCCAGCAUUAUAAGGAUGAUGAGGGUGUUGGCAAAAAGGCUAUGGGUAUUCUUCUCCACGGUGAUGCUGCCUUUGCUGGUCAAGGUGUCGUCUACGAGACUUUUGGUUUCCACAACCUCCCUGCUUACUCUACCGGUGGUACCGUCCACAUUAUUGUGAAUAACCAGAUUGGUUUUACCACUGACCCCCGUUUCUCUAGAUCUACUCCUUACCCCUCUGAUCUCGCCAAGGCCAUUGACGCUCCUAUUUUCCACGUCAAUGCUGACGAUGCUGAAGCCAUGUACUUUGUCUUUAAGCUCGCUGCUGACUGGCGUGCUGAGUUCAAGACUGAUGUUGUCAUUGAUGUUGUUUGCUACAGAAAGCACGGCCACAAUGAAACUGAUCAGCCUUCAUUCACCCAGCCCCUGAUGUACAAGAGAAUUUCUGAGAAGAAGUCUGUUUUGGACAUUUACUCUAAGGCCCUUGUUGAGGAGGGUACCUUCACUAAGGAGGACGUUGAGGAGCACAAGAAGUGGGUUUGGGAUAACCUUGAGGAGGCCUUUGGCCGCUCUAAGGACUAUGUUCCUACCCAAAAGGAAUGGCUUGCUUCUGCUUGGGACGGCUUCAAGACCCCCAAGGAGCUCGCUACUGAGAUUCUCCCCCAUCUCCCCACCUCUGUUGAGGAGCCCAUUCUCAAGCACCUUGGCAAGGUCAUUUCUACCCCUCCCGAGGGCUUCCAUGUUCACCGCAACCUUAAGCGUAUUCUCAACAACCGUAUGAAGACUGUUGAUGAGGGUAAGAACAUUGACUGGUCCACUGGUGAGGCCUUGGCCUUUGGCUCUCUUCUCAAGGAGGGUUACCACGUCAGACUUUCCGGUGAGGAUGUUGAGAGAGGUACCUUUUCUCAACGUCACGCUGUUCUCCACGACCAGGAGAAUGAGCAGGCUUAUACUCCUCUCCAGCAUGCUUACCCUGACCAGGCUAAGCUUACCAUUUGCAACUCUUCUCUUUCUGAGUAUGGUGUCAUGGGUUUCGAAUAUGGUUACUCUUUGGCCAACCCUGAUGCUCUUGUCAUUUGGGAAGCCCAGUUUGGUGAUUUCGCCAACACUGGUCAAGUCAUUAUUGAUUUGUUCAUUGCCCCCGCCGAGACCAAGUGGGCUCAGAGAUCUGGUCUUGUCCUUUCUCUUCCUCACGGUUUCGAUGGCCAAGGUCCUGACCACUCUUCUUCUAGAUUGGAGCGUUUCCUUGCUCUCUGUAACGAGGACCCCCGCAAGUUCCCCACUGAGGAGGCUCUCAACCGUCAGCACCAGGACUGCAACAUGCAGGUUGUUUACCCCACCACUCCUGCCAACAUUUUCCACCUGUUGAGAAGACAGAUGCACAGACAAUUCAGAAAGCCUUUGAUUUUGCUUUUCUCCAAGUCUCUUUUGCGUCAUCCUCUUGCCCGCUCUUCUAUUGAGGACUUUUCUGGUGACUCUUCGUUCCAGUGGAUCAUUGAGGACAAGGCUGAGCUUCCUAAGGAUCAGGUUAACAGAAUUCUUUUCUGCUCUGGCCAGGUCUUUACUACUCUUACUAAGGCCCGCGAGACCAAUGGCAUUAAGGACACUGCCUUUGUUCGUGUUGAACAGCUCCACCCCUUCCCCUUUGCUCAGGUCCGCGAUGUUUUGAACAGCUACCCCAACCUUAAGGACAUUGUUUGGGUCCAGGAGGAGCCUCUUAACAUGGGUGCCUACUCUUGGAUCUCGCAGAGAUUCAACACUGUUCUUGCUGAGUCUGAUAACUACAAGGAUGCCAAGUUGAGAUAUGCUGGCAGAGACCCUAAUCCUGGUGUCGCUGCUGGUUCCAAGAAGCUUCACCACGAUGAGGAGGAGGCUUUUAUCAAGCAAGCUUUCCAGCUGUAA